AGAGCAGGAAAGAGAGAGACGGGUUAGGGGCAGAGAACAGGGCAGAGGCCAGGAGAGGCAAAGACCAGCAGAGAAGGAGAAACAGUAGAUGCCAAGCCCUAAGUACUUAAUUCCAGGGCAGGUACAAAUAGGAGGGUGCGGUAGCUGGAAGGGCUGCAGGGCUCCCUGGAGGUUAACGGGACCCAACAGAGACCCCGGUCUUCCUUCUGACUUCCAGGGAUUGUCCACACCACCCUUGCCAGCAGGGCCUGGCGCUGCCACAGGUCAGGCCAGGAGGCUCACUCCCAGAGAUCUGCCCCUCCUCUGGCUGUGGCAAGGCCAUGGGCCCCGGGAGCCACCACCUCAGCCUCGGCCCCUCUGUCUCCAGCCUGGGCCUUCUGUUCCUGCUCCCACUCCUUCCAGAGUGCUUGGGAGCCGAGGGCAGGCUGGCACACAAGCUGUUCCGAGACCUCUUUGCCAACUACACAAGUGCCCUGAGACCUGUGGCAGACACAGACCAGGCCCUGAAUGUCACCCUGGAGGUGACACUGUCCCAGAUCAUCGACAUGGAUGAGCGGAAUCAGGUGCUGACCCUGUACCUGUGGAUCCGACAGGAGUGGACAGACGCCUACCUACGAUGGGACCCCGACACCUAUGGUGGUCUGGAUGCCAUCCGCAUCCCCAGCAGUCUUGUGUGGCGGCCGGACAUCGUACUGUAUAACAAGGCGGAUGCGCAGGCCCCGGCCUCGGCCAGCACCAACGUGGUCCUGCGGCACGAUGGCGCCGUGCGCUGGGACGCGCCGGCCAUCACGCGCAGCUCCUGCCGCGUGGACGUGUCGGCCUUCCCGUUCGACGCGCAGCGCUGCGGCCUGACCUUCGGCUCGUGGACACACGGCGGGCACCAGCUGGACGUUCGGCCGCGCGGCACCACCGCCAGCCUGGCCGACUUCGUGGAGAACGUGGAGUGGCGCGUGCUGGGCAUGCCUGCCCGGCGGCGCGUGCUCACCUACGGCUGCUGCUCCGAGCCCUACCCGGACGUGACCUUCACGCUGCUGCUGCGCCGCCGCGCCGCCGCCUACGUGUGCAACCUGCUGCUGCCCUGCGUGCUCAUCUCGCUGCUGGCGCCGCUCGCCUUCCACCUGCCUGCGGACUCAGGCGAGAAGGUGUCGCUGGGCGUCACCGUGCUGCUGGCGCUCACCGUCUUCCAGCUGAUCCUGGCAGAGAGCAUGCCGCCGGCCGAGAGCGUGCCGCUCAUCGGAAAGUACUACAUGGCCACCAUGACCAUGGUCACCUUCUCCACGGCGCUUACCAUCCUUAUCAUGAACCUGCAUUACUGUGGUCCCAGUGCCCGCCCCGUGCCAGCCUGGGCUCGGGCCCUCCUGCUAGGACGCCUGGCACAGGGCCUGUGUGUGCGGGAACGAGGGGAGCCCUGUGGGCAAUCUAGACCAGCUGAGUCAUCCCCCAGUCCCCAGCCUCCUGACAGAGGCACUGGACCCCCAGCAGGUCCCUGCCAGGAGCCUCGGUGUCUGUGCCGUCAGGAAGCCCUGCUGCAUCACGUGGCCACCAUCGCCAAUGCCUUCCACAGCCACCGGGCUGCCCAGCGCCGCCAUGAGGACUGGAAGCGCCUGGCCCGUGUCAUGGACCGUUUCUUCCUGGGCAUCUUCUUCUCCAUGGCUCUGGUCAUGAGCCUUCUGGUGCUGGUGCAGGCUCUCUGAGUCCCAAGGGUCUGCUGCAGCCACAGCACGUCCAGAUGGGGAUGGAUCAGCCACGCCAGGUGGUGGUCAGCCCUCAGGCCACCCGGUGUCUCUCCACUGGGCCUCAGAACCUGGGACGUCCUCUCUUCAGCACUACUGACUUCACAGACCAGGAGUAUUCAUCGUCUCCUGCGUACUCUAACCUCUAAGGAAAACCAGAGCUUGCUGUUCCCCUGAUUUCUGCAGAGGAGGAACUCUAAAAAGGGUCAAGAUCGAAGUGCAAUUUGGGAGGGACAGAACUGAACUUUGGUGCUGAGUGUAGGCACUUUCAGUGGGGAGCAUGCAGGCAUGACAGCACUGCCCCAUUUCCUGUCUUCUCUUCCUUCCCCUGUGGCUACUGUUACAGAGACUUUGUCUAACCUGACCCUCUCUAGGGGCUCAGAGAAGGUGACUGGGGAUUCAGGGCUCCUGGUCCGCUUUCCACAGCAGGAGGCCACAUAAGGACUUGGCCCAAAUCUCCAACUCAUAAUAAAGUAAUGUGUGCCUUGC